AUGACAUCAGUCUCUGAGUCCUGUGAGGUCCCUGAUGGGUCCAAACCCCAGACUCAGCCCAGUCUAACGAGUCCUCAGAGGGUUUUUAAACUGGUGUUUCUGGGGAGUUCUGGUGUCGGCAAGAGCUCCUUUAUACACCAGUACUGCAGGGGCCAUUUCCCCAACAACCUGAGCACGACUGUCGGUAUGGAUUAUCAAGUGAGGAGUGUGGUGGUUGGAAACACACCUAUUGCUCUCCAGCUCUGGGACACGGCAGGACAGGAGAGGUUCCAUAGCAUUGCUAAACAGUAUUACCGAAAGGCAGACGGAAUCCUGGCCAUGUAUGAUGUCACAGACUCCGCCUCCUUCAAAGCAGUGCGCAGCUGUUUGGACCAAGCGCAGGACGUGACAGCAGAGGGGGUGUGUCUGAUGUUACUAGGCAACAAAACAGAGGUGGCAGAGGAGGAGAGGAGAGUGACCAUUACCGAAGGACAAAAACUGGCACAGGAGUACCAGGCAGAGUUCUAUGAGUGCAGUGCGAAGAGUGGACGGAAUGUUGACAAGGCGAUGACACACCUGGCCAGCGGUGAUGCGCUAUUUUGGCGUCUGCGCUGUCUGCCCCCCGAGAGGCAGAAGACCGCCGACGCUCCGCCACUGGGCAGAUCACCGACUGUUCACAAACUGCCCGAAGGCUAA